CAUAGCAAUCAUUUGGUUUUGGUUCUGAACUGUUCUGAAAGGAUCAAAAGUAGAAGCUUCAACUGCCGCAUCAAUCGUAUUCAGUACCCCGGAACAUCACGCUCUUCCAAACGCUAUGCAAUCAACGUGGUCUAAAAUGGUCUCCCGGGGCCAAGAGAAAGAAACCGAUCCAAACGAUUGCGUUAGCUUUGAAUAUAAAGGUCGUACUAUCACAAUGUCACGGCAGGAAUACGAGCGACCCUUUACUAAGCAGGAAAUCGAAUUGUCAAAGUAUCACAAGAGUGAUGGAAAUAUUUUGCUAAAAUCAACGGUUGACUCAAGAACGAAACCGUCUGCGUUAAAUCACUCCAAACCAAACCAAUCCUCCAAUGCGAAGCGUUUGCAACCUUGUAGUUCGACAUAUCCUUCUUCCACAACACUAACUCAAAAGGAAACAAAUGGUAUGGAUGAAAGUUUAGAGUACUUCGAAAACCUUGAGAGAAAAUUCCGACAGAGUUUGAACGUACCGCAAACCACCAUGGCCGAAGAAUUGUCUUCAAAAAAGAACGACGAAAAUAAGAUUCAUUCAGAGGACAACAUCUUUACUCUUGAUGACCUUAUUGAAAGCAAAGAAACCGUCAUUGAACACCCUAACACAAGUAAACCAUCCUUGCAGAACACAAUUGCUUCCGACAUCUAUGAACCUUCGAGCACUACGAAUAUCGCCGACGCAACGUCCAUCGAUAGUAUGAAAGUGCGAAAAUCGGAAGAAGUCACCGUCAAAUUGGUUCAACUGAAAUCCAAAGUGGUGAAUCUGAUCGAUCAAACCAUCAGCCAGAUUGAAUCGGGGGAGAACCUUUCGAAGCCUCCCGUACUUCAUCCAAGUGGGGACGGAUCAACGCUUGAUCAUCGGGCUCAGAACUUUGAAGUUUUUAAAACGGAUUCGUUCAUACGGAGUCGCAAAGAAAUACGCACCCGGCUGUACCGGGAAAUCAGGACGGUGUUGAAGCGCCUGGAGGACUUGGAUAAGCUGGAAUGAACAGUGGAUUUUAUUCUAUUUUUAUGGCUCAUAUUUUUAUACUGCUUUACAAUCUAAUGAUUCAAUAAACCCAUUAUACUAGC